UGGGUGGGACAGUGACAAUAUGAGGCAUGUUGGACAGUGGUUCCAUGGCAUGUAGCAUUAAUGAAACAGCUGAGAUGAAACUGAGAGAUGCUGGAGUGAUAACCGACCAAAAACGGAUUGAUGUGAAUGUAGUCCUUGUUGGAUGUGGCAGACUUCGUGUUAGGCCCAAGUGUGCUUUUGAUGUGGAAAUGGGAGUGUAUGGCUGUAAGAUGUUUGUUCCCACACUCGUCCCAGGACAGCACGAUGAGUUGAGACUCGGGACAAAUGUUAUAAAACACAUCCUGCAUCAGUCUAAGCUAUGUGAGUCCUACUGGAAAACAGUCUCUGGACCUUGCCCAGACGAAGACCCAGAAACAGAAUGUUUCCUGUCUAUGCUCUCAGGUGUGAACCCCUGGAAAGGAGGAGAUGUUCCUGAUAAGGUCGGUACAGUCAGAUGUAACUCAGCCACUUACCUUGAGCCUGGCCGUGAAUAUCUUAUCUGGGGAAAACUGCCCAAGAACACUGCUAUUUCCCCAGGUAGCACCGUCAUAACAGAGCCCACGUUGUCCCAUUCGGCUCCCAGAGGUGUUCUGGUCGCAAAGAUUGUAACUACACUGUGGGGAGACAGGCGGGUCCCGCUAAAGCUCAUCAAUACAUCUGACAGACCUGUGCUGUUGAGGCGCAAUGCAAAGCUGGCUGAUGUAUACACAUGUGUGGCGCUGGAGGACAUGGAUGUUGCUGAACAGACAGAGGUUCCCCUGGCCGGUUGCACCCAAUCAACCGUGCCUCCUACUGUUGAUGCAGAUUCUGCCAAAGACGAGCUCGAUUCAGUUGGGCUCAGUACUGUUGACAUUGAGUCAUGUGAAGUGUCAGUGGACUGUAAGAGGAGGAUGGCUGAUCUUGUUUUGCAGUAUGAGGAUGUCUUUUCACGCCACCAUCUUGAUUGUGGGGAGGCAAAGGACUUUGUACAUCGCAUACACCUGUCUGACAACAGACCAUUCAGACUCCCAUACAGGAGAGUGCCCCCUGGCCAGUAUCAAAAGUUGUGCCAGGUGCUGAGCGAGAUGGAGCAAAAAGAGAUCAUCAGAAAAUCAACCAGUGAAUACGCUUCACCAUUGGUGCUUGUGUGGAAGAAGAACGGUGAUCUCCGCAUUUGUACAGACUUUCGCUGGUUAAAUAAAAGGACCCUGAAGGAUGCUCACCCUCUUCCUCACCAGGCAGAUUGUUUGGCAGCGCUAGGAGGCAACUGCCUUUUCAGCACGAUGGAUUUGACCUCCGGGUUUUACAACAUGCCACUCCAUGAGGACGAUAGGAAGUACUCCGCCUUCACCACUCCCAUGGGUCUGUAUGAGUACAACCGUCUGCCGCAGGGCCUUUGCAACAGUCCUGGGAGCUUCAUGCGCAUGAUGACCAACAUUUUCGGAGACCAAAACUAUUUGAGUCUGCUAUGCUAUUUGGAUGACUUGUUGGUGUUUGCGCCUGAUGAGAAGACUGCCUUGCUGCGCCUGGAGAUGGUGUUUGAGAGGCUGCGUGGCCAUAACUUGAAGCUAGCCCCCAAAAAGUGCUUCUUCCUCAGGAGGUCUGUAAAGUUUCUUGGCCACAUUAUUGAUGAGAAUGGUGUUUCAACAGACCCCAGUAAGGUUGAGAACAUCACCAACAUGACAGACACUGAUCUCAUGGAGACUGAUGGCGUGACCCCCGUCCCAGAAGCGGAUAAGAUCCUUUUUGGGGAUGGUAAAUUACUAUCAACACUUCGUGCCCAGAUACUCUGCCACUGCCAAGCCAGUGUUUGAC